AAGGAGAAAUUUCCUUGCAAAAUGAGUAAUACCAUAUCGAUGCAGUACAAAUAUUUCCCAUAUAUUUCCAAGUAUCUUAAAAGCAAUGCAAGUAUUAGAAUGUAUUCGUCAUUAUCACAUAUAGACGAGACCGGUAAAGCGAGUAUGGUGGAUGUCGGAUUAAAAAAUGAUAGUAAACGCGUAGCGAUAGCAAGGGGAUUCGUGAGGAUUGGUCCUGUCAUUAGUAAUUUAAUUGCGGAAAACAAUGUAAAGAAGGGCGAUGUGUUGUCAGUGGCUCAAUUGGCUGGUAUUAUGGCAGCGAAACGUACUUCUGAUCUGAUACCUCUGUGUCAUCCGCUUUCCUUGUCUUAUGUAAACGUAUGCUUAAAAUUGAACGAGAAAUCGCACAGAGUCGAAAUCACAUCGGAGGUCAGAUGUACUGGCAAAACCGGGGUCGAAAUGGAAGCUUUAACCGCUGUGAGUAUAGCGGCUCUGACAAUCUAUGAUAUGUGCAAAUACGCAGCUAGUCCUGGCACGAUGGAAAUAUAUGGUAUAGAAUUGGUAUCGAAAAUAGGUGGUACAAAAAGUGAUUUUACAAUACAUAAAACGUAGGCCGGUAUCUUUGUCCUGUCGAUAGCAUGAAUUAUUAUUGAUAGGAAAAUUUUUUUUCUACU